UUCAUCACCUUUUGUUUUUAUGGUUUAUUGUAUUUCCCUUUUUGUGGAUCAACCUACAUGAGUUUACAUUACUUCUGACGUUUGGAUCAACAUGUGAGGUGAUCCGAAUAGCUUGUUUGGUUCUAGGGACAGAAUCAUCCUUGUUUCUUGUUUGGUUGAGGGAGUGAAGAGGGACACAGACAAGAAGCUGUCAACCAACGGUUGGCACCGUCGGUGUGUGGCCCAAGUGUUAGUGGAGCAUAGCAUCUCCAUGGGCGCUGCCACCACGCCCAACUUGGCUCCACCGCACCCCCUCACCAAACUAUCUCCUGGUCAUCUUCUUCCUGUAGCUUGGCGGCCAUGGUCACGGCAGAUCGGGGCCCCCGCUCGGCUCCUCUCUCUUUGGCCGCCCCUGUUAGGCUCCUCCCGCUUUGACCACCCUGGGCACGGUGGGGCCUGCGUCGGGUGCAGUGGGGGCGCGCGGUGGGGCACGCAGUGUCAUGGUGCAGCGUCCGGCGUGCAUGGAGGAGGAAGAAGGACCGAAGCAGGCGGAAGAAGAAAUAUGAACGGAACAAUAACUGUCGGGAGGGGACAAGAUGGUUCGACCGAUUCUGAGGGACAGCAUCUUAGGAGAAUAUACCCUCCAACUCCAAGGGAUGGUUCCAUUCCACAUGUUCCAAAACCAAACACUCUGUCCCGCCCCUAAACGAAGCACACCCUAAGCAUUUUUUUGGCAGUGUACUAUUGGUGUGGCUGGUUAUUCUAAUUGGCGGAUAAGAGAUAACCAUGAUCCUGUAAUGGAAAAGGUAGCUGGAAGAUAAGCUAGUUUGGAUAGUGGGGUUAAGGAAACACAAAAGCAUAUUGGUGGAAGUUAAGUAAUGAAAUAUUGCCUACCUAAUAACCUAAAGAAUGGCGUGUAAGAAGACAACAAGGAGUACAGUUUGACACUCCGGUUCCUACCUAAUAACCUAAAGAAUGGCGUGUAAGAAGACAACAAGGAGUACAGUUUGACACUCCGGUUCACUUUCAUUUUAGUUUCGAUAUUACAUCUGGGUUGAUUAUCCGGCUUUAUACUUCAAUCGAAGUACUGUGGUGAGUCAUGACCAACUUGUUGACAUGCCAAUGAUCGAACUCCUGAAACUUCAGUUAGCUAUCGAGUCAUUCUCAAUGGCCCAGCAUGAAAAUCAAUUAUGUGAUGGUUAAUAUCGUGCCUGUGUAUUUC